AUGUCCAGCAGUGUUUUGGUGAAGAACCUGGAGGACCUGAGCCUGGAUCCGGGCUAUGUGACCGGGGACCUCAGCCCGUCCCUCAGCCUGUCCUCAUCCGGUGGGUCGAGGCAGUCUCCGCCGCACAGCAGCACUCCUCCGCGGGGAGCCUGGCAGCGGCACGGCGGCUCUCUGAGUAGCAGGGACGGUAGCUGGGACACGGUGAGCUCAUUACCGGAGGACGCCUCGGACCUCCUGCUCAAGUGUCCCCGCCUGCCCGAGGUGGAGGAGUACCCGUGGACGGAGCAGGAGCUGCAGGAAGUCGUGCGUAAAGUUUCGCAUACAUCCAUCACAGAGGAGGCUCUCCAGCGGCUCUCCUCUCUGCUGCGGCGCGCUCUGGUGCGGAUCUCCCGCGAGGCGCAGCGGCUCAGUGAGCUCCACAGACGGUGCACACGCCUGGAGGUCCAGAGCGCGGUGAGGCUGGUGCUCAGCUGGUCUCUGGCCGACAAGUGCAUCUCUUCGGCGGUGAAGGCGGUGUCUCUGCACUGCAUGAGCUCCGGGGACCCCGCGCGCCAGAGAGGGAAGUCCGCGCGCUGCGGGCUCACGCUGUCCGUUGGCCGCUUCUUCAGGUGGAUGGUGGAGACGCGUGUGUCGGUGCGUGUGCAUGAGUACGCAGCAGUGUGUCUCGCAGCAUGUGUGGAGAGUUUGACGGAGGAGGUGGUGGAACGGGCGGUGCGGGUUGUGCGUUUGGCCGAAGAAGAAAAGCUUUUGCCCGGCGGAGAGAUGUCCUGCUGCCCGGUGACCGUGGAGCUGCUGGAGGGAACCGUGAACAGCGACGCGGAGCUGUGGGGGGUCCUGCAGGGGUACGAGCAUCUGAUCUGUGGCAAAAACAAGAAUGGUGAGUUGUCGCUGCCAGCCAACAUCAACCCGUACUCGAAGGUUCCCGAGGUUUGGAUGGAGAGCAGGGAGGACGCCUACCUCCAUCAGGAGCUGAGAGCUCUGCAGCAGGACCUCCUCUCCACCUGCGUGGGCAGCAUCUCCGAGCUCAGUGAUCUGGUGUCUCGGGCGAUGCACCAUCUGCAGCGUCUGCGUAGCUCGAGCCCCGCCCACAGCCCCGCUCUCUCAGCCAAUCAGACGUCAGUAUCCUGGGCUGCAGACGCCCUCCGCACACUUUACUACUUCCUGUCCGGCCCACAGAUGGAGUCUCUGGAAAACCCCAAUCUGGAGCCUCCCACCAUGACACUGAGCAGAGAGAGGCCGUUCCUGCUCCUCCCGCCUCUGAUGGAGUGGAUUCGAGUCGCCGUGGUUCACGCUGAGCAUCGACGCAGCCGAUUGGUCGACAGCGAUGAUGUCAGACAAACGGCCAGACUGCUGCUGCCGGGACUCGACUGCGAGGCUCGACAGCUGAAGUCAGAGUGCUGUUUCCACUCCUUCAGAGGUCUGGAUGCGGAAGCGGCUGCAGCUCAGUUCCAGGUUUCUCUGGGCUUCAGGAUGCUCUCCUGCGGUCGAGCAGAUCUGCUGCAGCCGGCCUCUCAGCUGCUGGGGAGGGGGGGGCUCGACACCAUGGACGACCAGGGUUUGACUCCUCUGAUGUACGCCUCUGCAGCCGGAGACGAAGCUCUGGUUCAGAUGCUCCUCGAGGCCGGAGCUCACCUGGACCUGCAGACGACUCUGCGUAUCCCGUCGUCGAUGAUGAAGGCUCUGCUGUACAGGCGGGUGUGA